CUGCUUGACCUGUCUCUUGGCCAACUGGUGGUUGAGGGAAGCAGUCUGGCCCGUGUUGACCGGCGUCGAGUCUGGACGAAAGGAUGUGGGCGGCAAGGGUGGAGGGCCAGGGCUGGGCGGAUGGCUGGACUGUUGUGGAUCUGCGGCAGGCGCUGGAGGGGAGGUUGCAGCGCAUCAGACGGCGUGCGAUGGCGUGGGCAGCGUGGAGGCGGCCGGGUUUUCAAAUGUUUGGGUCGCAGGCCCCGAGGCUGGUCCACCCAAAUUUGGCCGUCGUCUGGAGGCCGCGUGAAUGCGGGGAGGUUGAGGGUGCUUCACUGUCGGCAGUCGCGAACGGGGGCUCGGCCGAGGGCAACGGGGUCGAUGGAACGGGUAACCGGGCGCGGUUGGCUGUUGGCCGGCCGGGCUCUCCUUACUGUAUUCGACAGGCGCUUCUAGCUGCGAGAGCUCAUGUAAGCGAGGACUCGACGGGACAUGGCGGGCGGGACGGCACCAGGACAAGGGGAAGAGACACCAUGUGGACCACGGCAUGCACACCCACUGCCAGCGCCACCCCUCGGUAUCCCUGCGGGCCACACGCGGACAGAUACAUGUAUCUGCCCAUACGGAUCCCGAAGACGGGUGUGGCGGCUACCUAGCUGCCUUACCUAAGUACGCAGCUAGCAGGCAGGUUGGCAGAUGACAAACUCUUGCCACCCUCGCAACACGGCCAUGGGUUGGACUAGGGAAGUAGCUGAGUGGACACAUAAUGUCCAUUGGCCCAACCCUAGCCCACCACAGCAGGC